AUUGGCUUAUACUAGCUCAAGGAAAAAUAUUGGAUAUUGUAUGACCUUGAUUCUUUCCAUGUUUAUAAAAGGUGUGGGAGGUUUUCACGCAUACUUGGACGCCAUGAAGAUUAGUUGCGGAUACAAGCGUUUGCAGGUUUUGUUAGUCAUAUUUAACUGUGGAGCCUUCAUAUGUGGUCUCGGGCUCACUAUUUUUGGCGCUAUUCGAUUACAUCCUUUUUUCAAACAAUUAAAUGACAUCAACCUUCCACUUCAAUCAAUCAUCAUCCUCAUCAUGACCGUUGGAUGCUUCUUCCUUAUUUUAGGGGCUUUAGGAAUUAUUGGUGCAUUCAAGAUGGAUGUUCGCUUAUUGAAUGUGCACUGUGUACUUUUGUUAAUUUUAAUCAUCUUCGAAAUAGCCGUAGUAAUAUUUGCGUUCACAGAAAGGUCCAAAUUCACAGAAUACGUUACUGAUGAAUUAACAGAAUUCGUCAAAGUGUACAACGAAGACGAGCAUGUUAAAAAUACUCUUGAUUCAAUUCAAAAAACACUAAAAUGUUGUGGUGCUACAUCUCCUGCAGAUUAUGGAGAUUCGUCACCCAAAUCGUGCUACGAUAAUGACCUACAAUUCACAAUGGGAUGCAUACAAAUAGUCAGUCAAAAAGGCCGGAAUUACUUGGAGUCUAUCAUAAUUAGCGUGUUUCUGCUUGCCUUGAUACAAAUUAUUUCCAUGAUAUUCUCAGUAUGUGUUCUAGUCGCUAUAAACCGAGGUGAAUAUGAAUAGAAUUACAUAACAAAUAAUAUAUAUGUUGGUGUACAUAAAUACGAACAGAAAUUACACUACCCACUGAAAACGUUCAACAAAGAACAUCGGAAAUCUACUUUUAUACAGAGAAGUAUUUAUUCAUUAUUUCUACACAUAUUUUGCCCUGUUCAUAAUUUAAUUUUUCACUCAGCUUCUUUAAUUAAACCGUGUAUUCAGGGAUCAAUAUAAACUUGGUUAAUUCAGAG